GAAAAAUUCAUUUUUAUGGCAUUUGAUUUGUUUUGGUUUUUCUGGUGUUUUUACCUGCGCAUUUUAAACAGCUGGGCCUACCAGGCGAAUCGCCAAUGGCGAUUUAAAAUAUGAUGUGUUGUUAUUCAAUUUCAAUUUUACAAUCACUAUUCAAACAAUUGAUCUGUGUUUAAUUGCUGUUCGUUCUCAAUUUAUCUACCAUGAAUGCUGGAUAUACUACUAGAAGUCGUUUUGUAUCAGUUUUGGACUUAAUACUUCGGGUUCCUCCGUUGUUUGUUAUGGACUCAAUUUUGAAUACUCCUUACACUUACACAACUCCUUCUGAACCUGUAUAUUUAUCACUUAACCAAACAUUCAAUGAAUUAGGAGUAGAUAAAGAAUCAAGUAUUACAUUCAACUCUGAAGAUUACUAUAUUAAUCGUACUCAAUCAUAUGGAUGGAUUUUCCUCUGUAUUAAUGGAUUUUUCAUUUCAUUCUCAAUGUUUCUUCUGUCAACGAGUGUGUUGAUAUCCAUCUAUCUCUAUCUUUCUUCAAUUGGCCUCAUUGUUUGGUCCUACAUUUGCAAUGAGGAGUUUAUGCGUUACGUGAAAAAUCAUAAUCAUAUAGCAUAUGAUUUGAUUUCAUUAAAUUUAAGUGCUCUUCCCAGAUUUCUCGGUAAUUACGUACUGCAGAUCUUUUUGGGUAUACUUUUCUUCUUCGCCAUACCCCAAAGUCAUCAAUUUGUCACUGGAAAAUUUAUUUGUCUAUGUUUCAUUGCACCACCUAUGUUAAGCAUCAUUCCAGGUUUACCAAUAGACAUACUUUCAUGGAUACCUGAAGUUUGCGCUUCAUUAGCACUUCUUUAUCUUUUUAUAUUUUUAAUCGAUCGACUCAAAUACCUACUCAAUACAGUAAUUCGUGAUGUUCGAUGGAGUCGAAAUAUAAUUCGAAGCUACGGACCGUACACUUUAAUUCAAACACAAUGGUUUAGGCUACAAGUUCCUCAGGUUUUAACCAUAUUUUGGAUCAUUCGUUUUUCAGAGCAAGCUGCAUUCAUGCUCGCUGAUACUGCUUAUCAGUAUUAUUAUGGACCAGGAGGGACUUCAUUUCCAUUUGAUCUAAAUUAUUUCUGCUCACUAAUGAAACAAUUAAUCAUCAAAGGAUGUGAAACAACCGUUGCACUAUUUGGAAUGACAAGUAUUAUAUCAUCUACUACAAAUCAACUUGGUCUAUUCACACAAUCAUUCCUUCAAAUGGUUGAACAAGAGGAUACAAGCAUGGGCACAGUGUCAGCUAUAUUAUUCCUAAUCCUAGCUUUCCAAACUGGUCUAACUGGCCUUGAUCCUGAAAAACGUUUCGUUCGUCUAUUCCGUAACAUUUGCCUUAUGCUUAGCGCGGCUCUCCAUUUCAUCCAUAAUUUGGUUCAUCCCUUUCUCCUGUCACUUAGUGCGUCAAAAAAUCAAAAUUUCAAAAAACAUUCAAGAGCCUGGCUGGUCUGUCUCUUUCUAAUUUUUUUCCCAGCAUUUUUCUUGCACUUUCUUUGGAAAUACAAUCCUUUAUCAACAUGGCUUUUAGCAGUCACUUUUUUCCAAUUAGAGCUUGUUUUAAAGGUUGUGACAACUCUUCUAAUUUACAUUUUAUUCAUGAUUGACUCGUACCGAACCACUGUCUGGGAAAAGUUGGAUGAUUAUGUUUAUUAUAUAAGAGCCACUGGAAAUACCAUAGACUUCCUUUUUGGUAUAUUAAUAUUUAUAAAUGGCGCUUGGAUUCUUGUCUUUGAAUCAGGGGGAACAAUUCGAGCUCUAAUGGUCUGCUUACAUGCCUAUUUUAAUGUUUGGAAACAAGCAAAAGCUGGUUGGCAGACAUUCAUCAGAAGAAGAUCUGCUGUACACAAAAUCAACACUUUAAGAGAAGCAACUCGUGACCAAUUGGAAAGUCUUGAUGACAUUUGUCCCAUUUGUUUCCAAGACUUCUCAGAAUUAAUAACUGCUAGGAUAACUCGAUGUAAUCAUUAUUUCCAUGAACUUUGUCUCCGUAAAUGGCUUUAUGUUCAAGAUGUAUGUCCACUUUGCCAUAAGACUCUCUACGGACCAAAUGAAAACAAUCUAUCAGAGGAAACACAUCCAACUACAGAUAAUAGUCAUGAACAAACCAGCCCAUCGUCAGUAGAGCAGUCAAAUGAGCAAACCCCUGUGGCGGCUAAUCAAUCCGAAAAAUCUUAAUUUCUAGUGACUAAUUAUCUGUCAUCAUUUCAUCCAGCCCAUUGAUGUUGGCAUUGUAUUAGAUUCUCUCCGGACGGUGAUCUAAUCAUAAAUGAGUUUGUUUUAUAAUAAAUUGUUAUUGAUGUUUUUUUUUGCAACCAAUUCACUGAGAUUUAUUUUUAAAUUCAAUAAACUUUUGAUUUUAACCUU